CCCCCCCCCGGCCCGCUCCAUCCCCGUUUGCCACCCCUUUUCUCCUCCUCUCGCCGCCCUCCUACCAUGAGCCCUCCUCAUGGUGCGGGCGGCAUCAGCAUCCUGCCUCUAGCAGGUCUACCACGCUCAAAUGGCUGGACGCGCGGCGGCCCUCUCCCUCACCCCCCAGCGCCUCCCACCAUUUCCACAGAGUACGAUUACGACGCCGAGUCGGACGAUCCCGACGUUCUUUCCGACGACCCGGCCGAGCUCGACGAUCUCACUCCUGGCACCAAGAAGCGCAAGGGUCCUGUCCCCGUGGUUCCCGGAAGCGAUGCGGACAUGGACUCUGGCCGCGAUGGCCUCGACCGCAACCCGCCACGAGCAGCGCGCGAGGACACCGAGGGAUCAUUGCGCAUGUCAGUAAGACGCCUUACGCGGUCAAACGGUGCCACGCUCGCUGCGCAGCGUCGUGCUUUGUUCCAGAAGCGCAAAGUCGCCCUCGUCGCGCUCUACUGUGAUGCGCAGGCUGCGUAUGACGCAGCGAAUCCAUGCCCCAUCACACCAACCUCCGCCACGUCGACAGGCAAGAAAGAUUCCAAGGCGUCACCGAAAUCUGCGCCAAAGGGCAAGAAGGGCACAUCGGGCACUGCCUCGCCGACCAAGAGCGGCGCCGCCUCGCCCGUCUUGGCUGCUCCUGCAACCCCUGCUGCGGCUCCAAAGUCUGGUCUUCCCGACGUUGCCGCAUUCGAGCGCCUGCUCCCGGCUCUGGAAGACGUGGUCGUGUGGCCGCCUGACGCCCCAAGCUGGCGCGAGGGCGACGACGCCGCACGCCCUGUACCCCGCCGCACCCUCGAACGGUGGCGCACUGGCUUUGCGCAACGCAAACGCCAACGCACGGACCGCCAGCCCGUCCACCGUGGUGGCUGGAUUCCAGAGGGCAGCUUUGAGCUGGACAUUGCUUGCGAGGCGUCGACGCGUGCGCGUACCCGCGCGCGUGAGCGUAUGACGCUGCUGCGCCUUGCGGAACAGCUGCGCGCCCUGGUCCUUGCCUGCAACAAGAUUCCCUCGGCGCCCGAGCCCAUGAGCCCGCCGCCUUCGCCCGCGGUCGUCCUCGAGCCGCUUGCGCAGAAGCUACCCCCAUCUCCGAAGAAGAACUCGAAGAAGAAGAAGAAGAAGCGUACGACGCUGGCCAACGAGGGCAACCCGCACCACGUGGACAAGUACCGCCCUUCGCGACCGAUCCCGACCACGGACCCAUACGAGCCGUGGCCCGGUCACUCAUCUCUCCUUUUCCCACCGCCCAUGCGCGUGCUUGCUGCGCGCCCGGGCGGAAAGGACCAGCGCCCCGGCGAAGACGAGUACAUCUGCUGGUCGUGUCAAUACGCGCUGUUCUAUGGCUCGGAGGCGCUGCGCAAGCACGCGAUCCGGCAGCGGCGUGCCGAGAUAAAGCGGCGCGAGAAGCUCAAGGCGCGCGCGCGCGAGGUGGCAACCGGCACGCGGCCGUACCGCCCUGGCGGCGAUGAUGAUGACGAAGACUACGACGACGAAGAGGACGAGGAGGACGAUGACGACGACGAUGCCUGCGAGGGGCGCUGCAGCUGCGGGCGUGCGCUGCCAAAGUGUGAAGAGGACAAGCCACCGGACAAGGACGCGGGAGGCUAGGCGGGGCUUGAGGCCCGAUAGCGGCUGCCGCUUCGGGUCUCACGCGCCUAGCGCGGGGCUAGGAAGGCGGUGGAGGAGCGGGGAGUGCGUGGCGCGCAACGGCGCGGUGAGGGUCGGCGAGACGGUGGCACUGUGAGACGUAAUGUGGAGGAGGUAGACGCACCAUUCAGCGCGGCGGAAGGCACGAGGAGGAGGUGUGAAGCAAAUCGCUUGAGACGAACGAGUCGCUCAUUCAUUCAUCCGUUCAACAACGGCAUCAUUAGUCCUGUACUGUCCAUAAUUGAAUGCAUCGCAUGAGACGAA